UACAACCCCUUAAACCCUAACUCCAUUCCUCUCUCUCCUUCUCACAGAGCGCCGAAAGUAUCUCCAUCCAUCUUUCUAGAACUCUCUCACUCUAAAAUACUUGCUCUACACUUCCAUGGCGAGUACUACUGAAUCAAAGCACGGAAAGGAGGAAGAAGAAGCAGCUACAGAGACCACAGCAGCCGAAGACGAAGACACCGGAGCACCGAUCAAUCCUAUCAUCCAGCUUCAAGAGGUAGCUGUCACCACCGGCGAAGAAGACGAAGACGUCCUUCUCGAUCUGAAAGCGAAGUUAUAUAGAUUUGACAAGGAGGGAAACCAAUGGAAAGAGAGAGGUGUCGGUAUUGUGAAGCUUCUCAAACACAAGGAGACCUGUAAGGUUAGACUUGUUAUGCGGCAAUCCAAGACUCUUAAGAUCUGUGCCAACCAUCUUGUGCUUGCUUCAAUUUCGAUACAAGAGCAUGCUGGGAAUGAUAAGUCCUGUGUGUGGCAUGCAACUGAUUUUGCUGAUGGAGAGUUGAAGGAAGAGCUCUUUUGCAUUCGUUUCCCUUCAGUUGAGAACUGCAAAACUUUCAAAGAAAAGGUUGAAGAAGUCGCCCAAUCCCAAGAGACGGCUGGAGAGAGUGAAGAAGCCACCUCUACUGCUAACCUUCUGGAUAAGUUGAGUGUAGGAGAAAGCAAAGAUAAAGAGGAAAAAACCGAAGAGGCGCCUGCUUCAACGGAGGAUAAAAAAGAUGGUGUGAAGCUGGGAAGUCCAGGCGAUGAGGAUAAAAAAGAUGGUGUGAAGCUGGAAAGUCCAGGUGAUGAGAAGUAGAGCUGGAAAGUCCGGGUGAUGAGAAGUAGAGCGCCUUCUUGCAUUGAAAGGUCUGAGUCUUGAUGAAAAGGGUUAGUGGGAUGUGUCAUUUUCAAGUGAAUAAGAUAAACACUUGAUUUUAUCAAUAUGAUAUAUGCUUUUGGUUUGUUGUUGAAGUUUGGAGUUGUUUCCGGUUUCUGGGAAGGUUCAGAUUUCAGUCUGUUCAAUUUAAGAGUUUGGUCUGGAAAAUAUUUGAUUAUUCAAUAUGUUUUAAGUUAUAUUAUAUUGGUGGUCCUUUGUAAGAUUUACACUUUGGUUUAAUGGGGUACAUUACCCUUGUUCAGUGAUAUACUGUUACUAUUUAUAGUUUCGAUAUGCCGAAGAGAGGGUGCUUCAUGCGAGUA